AGACAUCGCAACAACUUCGCACUUUUCGUAAGGAUACGCUACAUUCAGGAUUGAUAAAAAAAUAAUAUACUUGACAGUUUUACAAGCUUGAUAAAUUACAUGUUUUUCGUUGUGAUGUACACAUAAUAAUCUCUUCGUGUAAAUUUAAACGUUUUGAAUGAUUUUUCUAUAAAGUUCGUUAGUAUGCACCCUGAAGAAGAGAAAACCGUCAAAGUUACGUCUACUUCCGAAACGGAUGAUAUCAACAAUCACAUUUUCAAACAUGAGCAAUUUCAACGAGUGGACAAUUUUCGCAUGUUUAGCAAAAUUUUAGAUGAGUCGGGAUGCACCAACAGAGAGGAUAAAUAUUUCAUAAAGUUGACGAAUUCGUUGUCUAAAUCAAUCGGUACAAUUAACACAGAAAGAAUCUCGGCUGCGUCAAUUGGGACUCGAAAGAAAUCGGAUAUCUGGACAUACAAAACGAUAUGCAACACGGGAAAUACAAUAGAAUCGUCGAUGUCAGAAAAUAAUACAAUUCGACAACUCGAACACGUUUCGUGGAAGUAUAAAAAUCCCCACAGCGUUUCCGUUUACAAUCGUAUGCCUUGUCAAAAAUCCAAUCGCGAAUCAGACAAUAUCCUUAAAGAGGACGAACCUCAGGAAGGGAAAAGCAAACGAAGCAUUCUUUCCGAUUGUCAAGAAUACCUGACCAACUAUCAAGAAUUCUGUGGCACACCACAAAAUGAAUAUUCAUUCGCUGCCUUGAUUAGAGUAAUGGCUCAAGCUACAGUGCAAUCUUUGUGGGCCUUAUUAUACGUUUUUAUUAACAUCGUCCCUAUUAUUCAAAUGUUUUCCUUCAUACUGAGAUUCGUGUUAGACAAAGUACUCGAUAUACGGAGGACUAAGGAUUUGCAGCAAGCGACGGUAAAAUUCGCAAUACUCGUUGUACAGUUACUCAGCGUACACGCCUGUCUUAUAUGCAUACUUAGCUUUAUCGUUUUUCCAAUCAUACAAAUGGCAGUUAGUAUCGCGAUGAAACUCUUGACGAACGACUAGACAAGUCAAGAACAAAUUUAACACGUAUUCUUCGCAUCGUA